AUGAAUCCUUUUGGCGAUGACGACGAAGAUUUCCAGACUUCCGACACCCUCGACUACAAUCUGGAGGUGAGCUACCGCUGUGCUUUUAUGGACGAAAACAGUUUCCCAAGUAGGCUUUCACGUACUGAAAAAGAGCCUACAGAAGAAGCGGAUGAUGAAAAUGAGGGGCAGUUGCCGAAAUUUCUUGAGGAAAUCGAUCAAGAAUUGAGCGAAUUGGUAAUCGAAAGGUCAACCAGCGAGUGA